AACGUGACGUUUCCUUUGUCAUCAAAAAGUAUAUAUAUAUUGACAAGCAAUGUCCGUUCCAGGAUAAUAUCAACUUCAAGAAUUAUCGUAACGGUAUAUUUCGUUAUACCCUUUUUAAUCAUUCUUUUAUAUCUUUGACUCUCUUUUGCACAAUGCUUUUGAAAAGUGCUGGAUUUUUAUUCUGUCUUGCUAGCGCAUUCGUCGCUGAUGCUAUUCAACUAAACUCUCCUACCAAGGAUACGGUUUGGAAGUCUGGCCAAACCAACACUGUCUCUUGGGAUUAUGUUAGCACUGAUCCUCACAGAACCAAGGUUGUGUUGGUUAACAUGCAAAACUAUCCCAACAGAGUCUAUGAUCUCGGUACUGUCGAUACCUCUCAAGGACAUUUGACCACCAACAUUCAAUUGUCCUCCGAUUUGCCUCACAAUGACUGGCAAAUCUACCUUAACAGCGAUGACCAAAUGAACACUGGUUCUUUGGCCCAAUCUCAAUUCUUUACCAUCGAUGGCAGUGGUAAGAGUGUCAGUUCUGGUACCAUCGGUGGUGGUAUUGUAUCUAGCACCUCUUCUUCUGCUAGCUCCACUCCUUCUUCUUCUUCAUCUUCCUCUUCUUCUGCUUCUUCAUCUUCCUCUUCAGCCUCCUCCUCCGCAUCUAGUAGCUCCUCCAAGUCUUCCUCUGGCAGCUCUUCCGCUCCUUCCUCCUCUUCCUCUGCUCCCAGCAGCAGCGGUAGCAGCAGUGGCUCUAGCUCUUCUGCUCCUUCUUCUUCCAGUGUCUCUGCCUCUGGUUCUGUCACCUCCGCUGCCGCUAAGACUGCUGGUGGUGACAGCAGCAGUGGUUUCAAAUCUAGCCACCGUAGCACUGCUUCCAACUCCAAGGGCGGCUCUAGCAGCAAGGGCUCCAGCUCCGGUGCUGCCACUGAAGGUAUUGCUAAGGUUGCUGUCGCCGGCUGUGUUGCCGUCGCUGCCCUUAUGCUUAUGGCUUAAAUGAAAGCUGUUUGAACGGUGUGUUUUAUAAAAAUGUUAAAAGUCGUUUCUCUUUUAAUUUAAGAGAGCAAGGGCUGAACAAGAAAAAACUCUUGCUGUUCUAUGCAAAUCUUCUAUUUACUCGUUUUCGCAUUUCAUUUCAUAUCUUAUGUUUUUUGAUCCUUUGCAUGGUGCAUCAAAUUUAUUGGUAUUGAUCAGUCAUUUAUUUUAUCUCAUCGUUUGAAAUCUUAUUACCCAGAUUGCAUUUUUUGAACUCUCGGUUUAUCAUAAUUACUUUUACACAAAAAUCGAUGAAGGUUUCUUUUUAUUGUGUGUGAAAUUUUUUAAUAUCGCAUAUAUUGUCAUAGUUGUUUUAGUUUGUCUACAAGUGUAUAUGUUUGAUAAAUCAAUCAUACCCAAUUGCAUUGUUUUUCUCAUA